CACCACCAUGGGGCCGCCGCCGGGCCUCGCGCCACUCCUGCUGGUCCUCCAGGGCUGCUGGGCCUCGAUGAGCGCCCAGGACAGGGCCACCCCGGCGGUGACUACUGAGGACCUCAGCUCCACCGAGCCAGCCCCAGCCAUUCUUGGACCCUCUCUGUCGCCUAGGACCCCGGGGGCCCCCAGAACCCCGGAGGCCUCCAGAACCCCGGAGUCCUCCGCCUCUGGCCCCAGGCCCACCCCGGUUACGGACGUUGCAGCUCUGUGUGUCUGUGACUUGUCCCCAGCACAGUGUGAUGUCAACUGCUGUUGUGAUCCUGAUUGCAGCUCCAUGGAUUUCAGUGUCUUUUCUGCCUGCUCAGUUCCAGUUGUCAUGGGUGAUAGCCAGUUUUGUACUCAAAAAGCAGCCAUCUAUUCAUUGAAUUUUAAAGCAAACCCACCUGAAAGGGUAUUUAAACUCAUUGACCAGAUCAAUCCAUCUAUUUUCUGCAUUCGCAUUACAAACUAUAAACCUGCAUUAUCCUUUAUUAAUCCAGAAGUGCCUGAUGAAAACAAUUUUGACAGAUUGAUGAAAACAACAACUGGUUUUACAUUGAAUGCAGAAUCAGAUGUUUCUUUUUCAACCAAAUUGGAUGCUCCAAGUACUACUAAAUAUGAGUAUGGGGCUCAGCUGCAGACUUCAAAUGACUCUUCAGCUCCAUUUUUGAGAUUGCCUUCACCACUGAUGUCAUCCCUGUGCGCUGAUGAUAACCCUGCAGCAUUUCUGGUGAACCAGGCUGUUACAUGCACAAGAAGGAUGGAUUUAGAACAGUGUGAAGAAAUUGAAGCCCUUAGCAUGGCUCGUUACAGCAGCCCUACAAUUUUGAGGGUGCCUAAUUCAGGAAAAAAGGUCUUUAUCACUAUCCAAUCCAUUGUCAUCCAGUCUCUAAAUAAAACAUUGACCCCACUGGAACACACUGACGUGCUGUGGCCAACUCUCGUGGGCUCUGGGCAGGAGAAAAUCUGCAUUCACGUUGUUCUCGAGGUAAAGUACAGCCUCACAUACACAGAGAAAGGUGAGAUAAUGAAAGCCGCUGUCUCAUUCCUUCUGGGGACAGUGAGCAGUGCGGUGAUUCCCCUGCAGCAGAAGUUUGAGAUUCACUUUACUCAGCAAGGUACAAAGCCGGUUCCUCUCAGUGGAAACCCUGGUUAUGUUGUGGGGCUCCCGGUAGCUGCUGGGUUUCAGCCUCAGAAGGGGUCCGGGAUCAUUCAGACAACAAAUAGAUAUGGACAACUCACGAUCCUCCGCAGCUCGGCUGAGCAGGACUGCUUAGCUGUUGAGGGGACCCGGACCCCAGUGUUGUUUGGCUACAACAUGCAGUCUGGCUGCAAGCUACGACUGACCAGCGCCCUCCCAUGUAGGUUAGUGGCACGGAAGGUAAAGGACCUGCUGAAGGGCCAGGGCUUCCCAGAUUAUGUGGCCCCAUUUGGAAAUUCCCAGGCCCAGGAUGCGCUGGACUGGGUGCCUGUCCACUUUGCUACCCUGUCAUCCAACGUGAAGGAUUCCUGCCAGCUUCCAGUGGCUUUGGUUAUAGAGGUGAAGUGGACUAAGUACGGGUCCCUCCUGAACCCACAGGCCAGAAUAGUCAAUGUAACUGCAAAUCUCAUCUCCUCCUCCUUUCCUGAGACCAGCGCCGGAAAUGAAAGGACGGUUCUCAUUUCCACUGCGGUUACUUUUGCGGCUGUGUCUGCACCUGCAGAGGCGGGCUUCAGAGCGCGGCCAGCCAUCAACGCCAGGCUGCCCUUUAACUUCUUCUUCCCAUUUGCUUGACGUAAGUGGUCCCUGGAGGAA